AUGUCAUCAACUGAAAUACCCACGUCGCCUCGUAAAUCUUCUGCCCCUGCUCCCGUUCCAGCUCCAACAUCAUCUCGACCUAUUCCCACUGCCAAUUUGAACAACCUUUCUUUAUUGUCCGAAUCUUCAACUGGAUCUUGGGAAAGAGGUAGAAUGCACGGUAAUGCAAGAUCACCACCUACUCAAACAUCUACUCUAAGUGCUGGAUUACCAGGCGCUCCAGGUUCAUCGAAUCCAAACCCAAAUUCAACUUCAGGUUCUGCUACUAAACCAUGGCCUGCCAAUCAAGGGUUAAGUAGUCCAGUUCCGUCGACCGGAAGAGUCAGCUUUCAGAAACAAGUACAACCACCAAAUUACGCUCGUACACCAAGAGAAGGUUAUGGAUUUAGACCCACAUCAGGAUCAACAACUCCAACUCACUCACAAGCAAGUUCUCAUCAAAGUAAUCUCGCGUAUCCUUUCCCCACUUCAGGUGGUCAACAAUAUGGUUAUAGUCAAAGAGAUAGAGAUGACGAUGAUGGUGAUCACAGGCCUGACGGUAAGACCAUGGAGGAGCUAAGAAGUGAAGUGAGAGAAGAAUUAGAUCAACAAGGUUUGAUAGAAGCUGCCAGAGGUGUAGUAGCUACUCAAGCUGGAAGUGAAGAAGGUAGAGGUAUCGCCGAUGAGGAAGGACUAGGGUGGCCCGCCAAAUCAACCCAUUUACGACUACAUUCUUCACCGGCAGAAAAGACAGCCAAUCUUCAAUUACUUUCAAGUGCCAUCAGAACAGUAUUAGAAUGUAUAGGAGAAGAUCCUGAUCGAGAGGGUCUGCAAAGGACCCCCGAAAGAUACGCGAAAGCUUUAAUGUGGAUGACGAAAGGUUACGAGGAAAGAUUAGUCGAUGUCAUAAAUGAUGCUGUUUUCGCUGAAGAUCAUGAUGAAAUGGUUAUCGUCAGAGAUAUCGAGGUUUUCAGUUUAUGUGAACAUCACAUGGUACCCUUCACGGGUAAAAUAUCGAUCGGAUAUAUACCAAACAAACUCGUAUUGGGAUUAUCCAAAUUAGCUAGAAUAGCCGAAACCUUUUCAAGAAGAUUGCAAGUCCAAGAACGUUUAACUAAACAAGUCGCUUUGGCUGUCGAAGAAGCUAUAAGACCCAGAGGUGUUGCAGUGGUCAUGGAAGCUUCACAUAUGUGCAUGUCGAUGCGGGGUGUACAAAAACCAGGAGCGACAACUGUCACUAGUACAAUGUUGGGUUGUUUUAGAUCACAACAAAAGACAAGGGAAGAGUUCCUCACUCUUAUCAGAACACCAAGUGUGACUCAUCGUUAA